AUGAAAUAUUUGGUGAAAUGUCAAAAAGCAACUCACAGAAGACGUGAACUGAACUGACAUUGCUCUAAAAUGAAACAGAUUUCAAAAAAAGUUCUCACAAAAUUAUUCUGAAUUCACCGUCAGCGCUAGUUUAUUCUUGCUGAGAUUUUGUCACCGAGACAGUUUUCGUGAACAACGUACGUUUCAGCACUAUUAAGAUUCUGAAAAAAAAUGCCACAUUUUCAGAUGGUUUUUGUGUCCACAGUCGGUCCAAUGAAGCUUUCGACGACGACGGUCCACGAGCGGAUUCUCGAGGCGUGCCGGACCCACGCAGCCGCCGACAAGGACGCUGUUUGCUUUGUAAACACGCUUUUUUAUAAAUUUUAACUUAUUUUCUAUUUAGAUUGAUGCUGAAACGACGACGAAAAAAAAGUAUUAUCGUGAAAUCGAGCCACUCGUCAAUAGUAUGGCCGCCGCGCUCGUCAAGCUGUCAGUUUUGGGGUCUCAUUAGUUUUUUUUUUCAAUUCUACAGACAACUCGUAAAAUUUUAAGCCAAAAAACGAGUCUGCAGCUAUUUUUUGAAAAAAGAUAUAAAUUUUUAACGUUUUUUCAGUGGAUUCAAGCCUGGAGACACUGCCGCGCAGGCGUUUCCCAAUUGUCCCGAGUUUCUAAUUUCGAUGAUUUCCGUGAUGAAAUGCGGGGGCGCAAUGUCCAAUGCCAGCGCCAUCUUCACCGAUUGUGAGUUUAACAUUUACGCCGAAUUCAUAUUCUUAUAUAAAUUUCUUUUGAAACAGAGUUUUGUCGCAAAAAACUUUCGUUGAAAACUCAAAUGUUCUCAUUUACGGAAAAUGAAAUGUGGUGCAUGGUGCUUAAAACAUUUUCAGACGAGCUCCAACUGCAAUUCCACGAUGCGAACGCGUCGAUAGUGUUCACCGACGAGGACCGUCUGGCUCGUAUCCGUCGCGCGGUCGCAAAGUGUCCCAACGUGCGGAAGAUCAUUUGUCUGCGCACGUUUCCGAUGAGAACCGAUUUUCCCGAGAACGUAUUGGAUUGGGUCGAAUUGUCGCAAACGCCCGAGGAGCCGCCCGUCAACUAUAAGUGCCCGUUCGUUGUUUUUAUCGAUUCAAAAAAAAAUCACGCCCUAGUCGACACUGUUUGGAAACGAGACCAUAACUUAAGAAUGACAGGGUUUGGGAUAAAAUGAUCAACUACAAAUUUGUUUAGCACAAAACUUGCUGCAACUUUGCAGUUUACCACUUUUUGAAAUACUCAUUGAAUCUCAAGAUAUAUGAAUCUAAAAGUUACGGGUUUUUAGAGUAGGGCGACGAAAUGUUCUUUGGACGCUCAAUCCAAUUUUGUAGGCUCGACUCGAUCGCCCUCCUUCCGUUCUCGUCGGGAACGACCGGACGUCCGAAGGCGUGCCAAUUGACGCACCGAAACAUUGGAGCCAUGUUGGAUGUGGCGAAACAGUGAGUGAUUUCACGAUGCCUACAGUCAAAUAGCCUGUUUUGCAGUCACUUUGAGACGGAAAUCUCGCAAGCAAUGUUCGGCAAGGACAAGCCGCAGCAGUGGCUGAAAGAAAACACGUGUCUUUUUCUGCCGUGGUACCACGCGUACGGACUCAACACGAUGCUCGAGACGAUUCUCAUGGGAAUGACGGGACUCGUCUUCAAAAAGUUUGACUCGAUCGUCAUGCUCAAUCGCAUCAAGUUUUACAAGGUUUUUUUGUUUGUCUCGUUCUCAAAGCGUUUUCAUUCGAAUAAUACUACGUAUUUGUGUGUUGGUUGCAGGUGAAACUGUUGUGGGUGGUGCCGCCCGUGCUCAUAUUUCUGGCCAAGGACGCGAUGGUGCCGAUCUUCAACGUGCACCCGUGGCUCAAAGUGAUUCUUUCGGCGGGCGCGACGGCGGGCAAGCAGCUGUGCGAGGAGGUGAAGAAGCGCUUUCCGAACGCGUGGCUGUGUCAGGCGUACGGAAUGACCGAAAUGGUCCAGUUCACCACUUUUCCGCGCUUCGAACACGGCGACUGCUUCGAGACGGUCGGCAGUUUGGGCGCCACGUACGAGAUGAAGCUGUGCGGCAAGGACGGCAAAGAGGUACUUGCGGUUUCACGACUUUUUUGCUCAUUCUCACCUCCUUGGCCGUCAGAUCACCGCCAUCAACACAAUCGGUCAACUGUUGUUCCGUGGUCCCACGGUGAUGAAGGGAUAUUUGAAUAAGGAAGAGACGGAUAUCAUUGACAAGGACGGGUUUUUGCGGACCGGCGACCUCGGAUCCAUUGACGAGAAGGGACGAAUCCAUGUGACCGGGCGGAUCAAGGAACUGAUCAAAGUGAACGGAAUGCAGGUACUAUAUCUCGAAAAUGUAGAGAAUUUUAUGCUAAACACGGCGACCAAAAGUGUAGAAAGGGGCGUAGCUUAAUCUGAGACGCGUUUUCUGAAAAUUGCCGCAAUUUCAGCACUUUUCCGAUAUUUUUGUGUUUGAUAUCGACGAAAGAAAACAUUAAUGAGAGAAAACAUCGAAAUUUUCGUGAAAACGCCGCGUUUGAGACGUUUUUGGCAUAUUUCGCAAUACGCCCACCGCGGCCAUUCACCGCCGCAAUUUCGGAAUUUUCAUACCGGCCGAUCUGAAUAGUUUUGAGACGAAGUGAGUGUCGUAAGCACGUUAAUACAAGUAUUUUUAGCGUUCAAACGGCAAAAAGUAUCGGCGAAUGACUGAAAUUCGCGCAUUUUCAGCUCAAAACUUAAAAUCGAUUCAAUUGAUUCAUUUCUGAAUGAAACCUGCUCGUUUAAAGCUCAAAAAGUGCGCGAUGAUUAGUUUAACAAAGUUGUGCAAUUACAUCGUCAAAAUCGUACAAAAUUUGGGUAAUUUUUGGACGAAAAGCAUGAAAAAUGGGGUUAAAUUUCGAAUUUCGCGCCAAAUGGUGAUAAAUCGUGCACGCUAGGCCACGCCCUUUCUAGGUUUUUGGUCGCCGUGCUAAACAACUUUGUAAUUGAUCAACCUGUUUGUUUGCAGGUGCCGCCGGUCGAAAUCGAAGACGUGCUCCUGUUGCAUCCGAAAGUCAAGGACUGCGCGGUGAUUGGAGUGCCCGACGAGCAGCGUGGCGAGGCGCCGAAAGCGUACGUCGUCAAAAAGGAGCACACGCUCACAGAGGCCGAGCUCACCGAGUUCCACAAACAAAAGUUGAGCUCCUACAAAUGGGUCGAUCGUUUCGUCUUCAUCGACGCGAUUCCGAAACUGGCGAGCGGUAAAAUUUUGCGUAAAAACCUGAUGAAAUUGUCGGAAAACGAGGAGGAGGAGGAGAGUUCGGCGACGAAAUCCGAGGAGAAGAGCUCAAAGGACAAUUGA